AUGCCUUUUUCCAAUAACACCACAACCCCGAAACAAGCCGUGGCUUUCCUGCCUUAUUUUCGAGAAUCAAACGAGUCUGGUCUGAGCCCUCGAAAAAAUCCGAAUCUGUGGGGAAAAUCACAACAUGUGAGAAGAUUCUCUUUGGAUGGAUCUGGCUCGAGGUCCAAAACUUAUCUUAUCCAAGACAUCGACAGUACGCUUAAGACACUUUUAAAUAACGAAGACACAGACAAUGAUCAUCAGAUAACCAUCGACGAUACCGGUCCGAAAGUCUUGCAUCUUGGAACGGUCAAUUCUGAUGGCUUCAAAACAUCCGCAGUGCGAGGCACUUAUAUGCUUUCGAACCUCUUGCAAGAGUUGACAAUAGCUAAAAAUGCUGGUCUUUAUUCAAUGCGUCUCAGUGAACUGAGACUCAAUGAAAACCCCGUGCAACGAAUGAAGCGCUUGAUCUCACUUGUGUUCUGGAAAAACCUUACCAGAGCCAUCACAGAGGAUAAUGUGUUUGAAAUGGCGAAAGACACCAAGAUUGUGGAAGAAACGAUGGAUAAGAAUGGGCACUUAAUCAAAUCAAAGGAAAGCGUCCGUAUAUAUAUUCCACACGGGCGCAAGGACCAAUACGAGUAUUAUCUUUCCAUCAAAAACAAAAACCCACUGUUGAAGUUGGAUGUGCAGCUUCUUCCUGAAGUCAUUGACGCUGAUUACAUAUACUCCAUUAACAAAAAGCCUGGUCUUUUGGCACUUGAAUCUAGACCAGAUCCAGGGAAUCCCAAAAACCUCAUUCAGGUCCCAUACAUUGUUCCGGGAGGCCGCUUCAAUGAGUUCUAUGGCUGGGACUCAUACAUGACCGUGCUUGGGCUAUUGGUCGAUGUCACAUCUGACAACCAAGACAACUUGAAAAUCGCUAGGGGUAUGACUGAAAAUUUCAUUUAUGAAAUCACGAAUUACAACAAAAUUUUGAAUGCAAACCGGUCUUACUACUUGGGCCGCUCGCAACCUCCUUUCCUCACGGACAUGGCUCUUCAGGUGUACAAGAAGACUAUCGAAGUCAACCCGGACAGUGGGGAAGAUAUGCUUGAUUUCUUGCGGCUGUCGACUUUGGCGGCAAUUAAGGAGUAUCAUACCGUGUGGUGUGCGAAGCCACGGCUAGACGAAGAAACAGGCCUUUCUUGUUACCAUCCUGAGGGAAGGGGAAUUCCACCCGAAACUGAGUCCUCCCAUUUUGAUUCUAUUUUGAAGAAGUACGUCGACAAAUACCAAAUGACCAAAGAGGAAUUCAUUGAGGCAUACAACGAGAAUCACAUUUCGGAGCCAGACUUGGACGAAUACUUCCUCCAUGAUAGAGCAGUGCGGGAGUCUGGACACGACACAACUUAUCGUCUUGAGGGCAAAGCGGCAUACUUGGCUACCGUUGAUCUCAAUUCCCUACUCUACAAAUAUGAGGUCGAUAUUGCUUACAUCAUCGAGAAGUUUUUUUGUGGGUGCUUGAUAAACCCGCAGACACAGCACCCCGAACUUCCUUCCGAAUGGGCUGAAAGAGCCAGUCUCCGAAAAGCUAGGAUUACUAAGUAUCUCUGGAAUGAAGAAGAUUCAAUAUUCUACGACUACCACAUCAGAGAAAAGAGACAACACAAAUUCGAGUCAGCGACGUGUCUAUGGCCACUUUGGGCCAAAGCUGCAACGUCUGAACAGGCCGAUAAACUAGUGGCUAAUUCUCUCUCCAAACUUGAAGAAUAUGGUGGCUUGGCGGGUAGUUCUGCCAGGUCUGUUGGUGAAGUUGGGCUAGAUGGACCUUCAAGACAAUGGGAUUAUCCCUUUGGUUGGGCACCACACCAAAUCCUAGCCUGGGCAGGAUUAAAGAAUUACAAUCACGCAGGCACCGUCCGCAGAUUGGCCUAUCGCUGGCUUUUCAUGAUGACCAGAGCUUUUGUGGACUACAAUGGCGUCGUUGUUGAAAAAUACAACGUGCUUAAAGGUGUCGCCCCACACAAGGUCGAUGCCGAAUACGGAAACCAAGGACUCGAUUUCAAGGGCGUUGCGCUAGAGGGAUUCGGAUGGGUAAAUGCUAGUUACGUUGUGGGCCUAACCUAUCUAAGCGAACAUGCUCAAAGAAGCAUUGGAGCAUUGAUUCCUCCAGACGUCUUUUUGAAUUACUUGGAUGCAAACCAGAAAAGAUCCUACCUGGUUCGGCCAUAG